UGAGUGUGGUGUGGGUGGAGCUUAAGGGGCACCUGAGCACUACUUCGCCUAGGGCGCCAUUUCGGCUAAGGCCGGCCCUGCCUAUAGGUUGGAGAAACAUUGGUAAAAUUGAAGUGUAUUAACCCACCAGAUGUGCCAUAGCAAGCCCUGCCCGCGACCAUUUUGACUGCACCGCUCACUGUUGGAAAGAUGCCACCAAAACACCAGAGCUCCCAUCUGCUUGUCGCCCUCACCACACACUGACAGAAUCCUAAGUUAGUCAUGCUGCAUCCUUGGCAGGUCCCUCAAGGAAUACCACCAUGGCAGCAGCCUGUAGCUGAUGUUUUCUGUCCUAAAAUGAGGGAUUUGUUUGUAAAGAUGCAUUUAAGGAAGAUCAGAAUAUUACUGAGUAAUCUUCACUCAUCACAGAAAUGUAUUUCAACAUGCACAGCCUCGUGGCACUCACAGAAAUUUUCAUCAGUUGAAGAAUUACUUGGUCUUCAUAAAACUAAACAAAACAGGAUCAUUUAUCCUUUGAAAGAACUGGAAAAAUAUUUAAGUAAUUGUGUCAACAAAACUAAUUUCUCAAUAUUUGAACCAAGUCUGGAAGACAUCAAGAAGGCAGAGACUUAUUUUACACCCACAGCUAAGCACACAAUUGAUUAUUUUACUUCUGCUGUAAGGAUGGACCAUAUACCACCAGCAUCACAGCCAGAGGUAUGCUUUAUAGGCAGAAGCAAUGUUGGAAAGUCUUCUCUAAUAAAGGCUGUAUUUUCACUGGUUCCCAACAUCCAUGUUAAAAUAUCAAAAACUCCGGGUCAUACAAAGAAAAUGAACUUCUUUAAAGUGGGGAAAGAGUUUGCUUUGAUAGACAUGCCUGGUUAUGGGUACCAUGCCCCAAAGGAUUUUGUUGAUAUGGUGGAACCUUAUCUCAACUCGCGCCAUAAUUUAAAGAGAACAUUUUUAUUGUUGGAUGCAUCUGUUGGAAUCACAGAACUGGACAAAAUAGCAAUAGACAUGUGUGAAGAGUUUGGAAUUCCUUACGUAAUUGUCCUGACAAAGGCUGACAGAGCUGCCAAGGGAGAGCUGUUGAAAUGUGUAGUGAAGGUGCAGGAAGUGAUUGAAAGGCAAACAAAAGGAUGUUUUCCUCAGCCUUUCCUUGUAAGCUCCUUGCACUUCUGGGGGAUUCAUCUACUGAGGUGCUUCAUUGCCCACGUUUCAGGAGUUCUUUAGAUGAGAAUAUUGUGAUGAACACUGCUAAAACACUGCUGAGUCAGCCAAUGGACUAAGUGCAUACAUUGUAUAUACUGCUACUUUUUGGAAAUCAUUUUUGUUAUAAAUUUGAUAAUCUCAUGUAUAAUACCUUUCCUGAAUACAAAAUCAGUACAAUAGAUUUUGCAGCUGUGUCCUUGUCAUCUGUUGCCCUACUUUUUGCUUUGUGACCUUCAUUUAAAUUUACUCUUUAUUAAAACCAAAUUACUACUGAA